AUGGGGGGAAAGCGAAAGAAAGCCGAUGGCGAUGGCAUGGAAGGAGGAGAAGAUGAAGACAGUAGACAGAAGAAGAUGAAGCAUAAGGACUCGAUCCUUCCGUCUACAGUAAAAAACAAGGAGCGGCGAUCAGCCGCCCAUGCGAAGCUCAAGCAUCAGAAGAAGGUGGACAAACGGAAGACGGCUAAGGCUCGCGAAGCUGAUGAGAAAAGAGCUCUGGAGCUCGGCGAGGAGCUUCCUCCAAAGAAAAUUCCUCGUACCAUAGAGAACACACGUGAGGUCGAUGAUACUGUCUGUAAGCCCGAUGAUGAAGAGCUAUUUGCCGGCAAUGAUGCUGAUGAAUUUAGUUCCAUUUUGAAGCAAGAUUGCACUCCUAAGAUCUUGAUUACCACGUCCCGCUUCAAUUCCACCAGGGGACCUGCUUUUAUUUCAGAUCUUUUAUCGGUCAUCCCCAAUGCUCAUUACUACAAGAGAGGAACCUAUGACCUCAAAAAGAUUGUGGAAUAUGCAAAAAAUAAGGACUUCACUUCACUCAUUGUCGUCCACACCAACCGCAGGGAACCAGAUGCUCUCCUUAUCAUAGGCUUACCUGAUGGGCCGACUGCACAUUUCAAAUUAUCAAAGCUUGUUUUACACAAAGAUCUCAAGAAUCAUGGAAAUCCAACCAGUCACGAGCCUGAGCUAGUUUUGACCAAUUUUUCAACUCGUUUGGGACAUCGUGUUGGGAGGAUGAUACAAUCGCUAUUUCCACAAGUACCUAAUUUUCGUGGCCGGCGAGUUGUUACCUUCCACAAUCAACGUGAUUUUAUAUUCUUCCGUCAUCACCGCUACAUAUUUGAAACCAAAGAAAGUAAACAGGCAGAAUCAAAAGGCAAAAACGGCAAGGAUGGUAAGGAGGCAAAGUCUAAGGAGAAAGUAAUUGCCCGGCUUCAGGAAUGCGGUCCUCGUUUCACAAUGAAAUUAAUCAGUGUGCAGCAUGGAACAUUUGAUACAAAGGGUGGGGAAUACGAGUGGGUUCACAAGCCUGAAAUGGAUACUAGUCGCAGGAGAUUUUUCUUAUGA